CCCGUGACGUCACCUCGCCGUGACGCGCACGCGGUAGGAAAACUAUGGGUAUCCCCUGGUGCUAAAGCUGUAGUUGUGAUUUGGAUAAAGCAUUUUUAUGUGAAAGCUCUUUGAAAAUGUGAAGCCUGAUUCUCGUUUUUGUUGACAGUCCAAGUUUCUGACCUGCUAUGAGAGUUAACCUUAAGAGGGCUAAUUAAAAGGAUUUACCAUAUGUCUUAUGACUCUUUACUGGAACCUUGGGAGAUAGUUCAUGGGAUGCGUGGGAUUUCAUUUUCUGAACAUUGGCCUGGUGUCCAUGAACAUCUGCUUGAACUUGGUUACAGACUUUUUCUUCGAUUCCUUUAAGUUUUAGGAGAAAGCAUCAGUGUGUGUGAGCAGCUGCUGAUGAACUGAUAGGGACACGGAGUACCUCUUCCAGCACGGGCCUCGCAGGUUAACGAGCUGCCCUCUAGACACAGCUCUGGAUAAAGAUGAAUUCCAUGUCUCAACCAAGACUGAAAAUGUGAAGUUUAGAAGACAUUUGCUACGUCAAGUCGCCUCAUGGUGCUGGAAUCAUUUAUUUACACCACAGCUGUGAGAUAGAUUAAUCAGGAAAGGUUUACAUCUUUCAAAGUAUAUUCAUCAAAUACUUAUGAAAGGCUUCUCCCCUCCAAGGCCCCCAGGGCAAACGGGAACAUGACAGAGCUGGGCCCCACCCUUGGAGAGCUUUGAGUUUGUCAAGACAAUAGAUGAUAGAUAUUAAAUUAAUGCAAGUUGUUAUUCAAGUCAAAGACAUCAUAAUGCAGAGUUCUUUAUCAGUACCACCAAAAGAUCAAGGAGACGUUGCCCUGCUCACCAGUCGUGUUGAGAAACAGCUAACUCAGAAGACGGCUGAAUCUCCUGGAAAGACAACGUGUACAGGUGAAUCAAACAUCCCUCCCGGCACAAUUCAGAGUGGGAAGGCUCUGCAGGUUAAGAGUCAGUUUAGAACCAUCGUGCCAAAACUUGCGCCCCAAGUCCUGACGCCCAGAGUGCUCCCAGGCCUGGCGCCCUCCCUCUCUGAUCAGGCGAGUCCAGGCCCCUCCCUCAGCGCGAAGGCUCUGGGGAUACCCCCCCAGAAUUAUGCGCUGAUGCAGGUGGCCGGCCAGGAAGGGACCUUCUCUCUGGUCGCUCUGCCACACGUCGCCUCGUCUCAGCCACUCCAGAAACCCAGACUGUCUCUGCCCGAGAACCUGAAGCUGCCCAUCCCCAGAUACCAACCCCCUCGACAUAGCAAAGGAACCAGAAAGAAACCCGGGCUCAGCUCCUCUGACAGGGACUGUGACAAACCUCCCACCCAAACCCAGGUGGCCCCUUCUGCACCCGAGCAUCCCGAGCCCCCGCACAGGCCCAGCCCACCCGAGGCGCCGCUGGCACCUGACCAAGCCCCAGUCACGCUGACCAAUGGAGGUGGCCACAGAGACCCUGGGCCCCCAGGGAUCAGUGACCAUGGAGGUCGGGACCCUCCCACCACCCCAGCACCAUCCACACCGGAGGAGCCCUCAGCCGAGCGGGGCCUCCCAAAGAGUUCAGGGAAAGCAGACAUUGCAGGCAAGAAAACUUCCAGGAAACCUGCUGCUGCCAGUGAAAAACUUAAAGAACAGCUUGACCUUGCCAAAGCCGUGACCCAUUUGUCACCUGGCGUUAUUGGAAACGCGGUUCAUGUGAUCUCUUCUGUCCCCAGAGGUAAACUGCCCAUCCUGCCCUACUCAAGAAUGAGGGCAUCGCAGGUUUACAAAAAUGGGGCAGCUGUGAACAUCGCCGAUGUUUCUUUCCCCGGGCUCCGGGCAGCCGGUGACGAGACCCCCUCCAUCCCAGAAGGCUUCUGUGCAGCCCCCCAGGUCGCCGACAGGGGGCCUGCCCCACUGGGGUCGAAGCAGAGCCCCUGCGACAGUGCUCUCCGUCAGGCCACCAAACCCGACCUCAGCCACAAAACAAAACUCAGCGGAGGGGCAGCAAAGAGAAGAGGAAGAAAACGGAAGGUCGCAGACGAACUUUUGACAUUUCAGGGAAAAAGGAGAAGAUGUGUCAUUAAUAAGUGUAAAGAUGGCAAAGAAAGAGUCAAAACUGAUCCCCAAAAAUCCAGGGACCAAAAACCUGGGGCUGUGAAAAAAUACCGGCACAUCAUGCCCAAACCUGCCCCGGUCCUGCCAGCCCUGGCUCCCCUGGCCUCGCCCGCGGCUGCGAUACAGGCCCCCGCGCCUCGCAGCCUGGGACCCGCGUCCUUAAAUCACGCCCUCGCCCCUAAGCAUCCGGGCUGCCGGCAGGACGACGGCCUCUCCCCGAAGCCCGGCUCUGCCUUGAGAAACGGGUUCUCCGGCCUCAGGAGGCCUUGGCACCGAUGCCACGUGUGUGACCACCCCUUCCAGUCCAAGCAGCACCUCCGCGAGCACGCGGACACGCACACCGACAGCCGGCCCUACAGCUGCAGGCUCUGCCACAAGGCCUAUGUGCGGCCGGGCAGCCUGAGUACACACGUGCGACUACAUCACGGCGACUCCCGGCCCAGGAAGCUCGUGUGCUGCGACUUCUGCGCGAAGGUGUUCGGCCACGUCAGAGUCUACCUCGGCCACCUGAAAGAGGUGCAUGGGGUCUCCAUCAGCACCGAGCCCUCCCCCUGCGAGCCGCAGCCAGGGGACCGGCCGAGGACCAGGGAGCAGACCGCUGGAGGGAUGGAGGGACCAGUGGACCGGGAGACCAAGCCCAGCCUGGAAGAAGAGCUCCUUCUGAACCAGCCCGACGAGGUCAAGUUGCAGAUUAAGUGUGGCCGCUGUCAGAUCACUGCCCAGUCUUUUGCUGAAAUCAAAUUCCACCUGCUUUACGUUCAUGGAGAGGAAAUCCAGGGCCGGUUGCGGGAGGAGAUCUCACCUUCCCUGGGAAGCAGAGGCGCUCAGGGAGAACUGGCUCAACAGGCUGCUCCCUUCUGGAAACAUCCUGAGAGAAGAAAGCAGCUUAAGCACGGUCCCUCUGAUGGGGAACUUCGUGCAGCCCCCAGAUUGAAAAAGCAACUCUACCUCCAUCAUCAGAACGCCAUAGAAAUACCUGUGAAACAUGAAGGCACCCAGCCAGGACCCAGUGAGCCCGGAGGAGACCCCCAGGGCUCUGAGUGUCCCAGCCCCCACGCCACCCUCCUCCCGCCCCGGCCUGGCUUUAACUGCAUCCUUUGCCCACAGAUGCUGGGAAGGAAGGAAGAGCUGCUCCUGCACUGGGAAGAGCAGCACAAAUGUGAAGACCCUCCCAAACUCUGGGCCAUUCUUGGCACACUCUCCAACCAGGGAGUCAUCGCACUUUCCAGCGAAACCGGAAAAUGAAACACAGGGGCUGGGGGAGGGCAAGGAGAGGUUUGCUCUCAGCUUCCUCUGUUUCCUGGUGGUGCUUAAUUACAAAAAUCAAACAAGGUAGGAUCAGCACUAAUGUGCAGAAGUGCUUUUUGUACAUGGGUUUAUUUUAUUAUGAAAUAUAUAUGUAUAUAUGCCCUUGAUGUGUGUUUUUCUAACAUAUGCAGUUUUAUUUUAAAAUUCUAUGUCCUGUUAAUAUCUCAGACUUUAUUUCAGAUUCAAUAAAAAGAUGAAUUUGCAGAUUGAAGUGUAGAGUAUUACAGGCUGUUCUUCAAGUAUAGUUUCUAGUAAAAACGUGUGUGCGUGUGUGUCCUUUUGUUCACAUGUUUUCUGCUUAAGUUGAUUGACAAAUGUAAAUUUCCAGGUGACAAAAUCAUUUCAGUCUCAGCCCUGGCAUAUUGUUCAUCCGUAUCAGAUUCUCUGGUUUAUUUGACCAGUGUAGUUAAUAAGGGUCUCAUCUAUCAUAAUUGAAAGUCCAUGUUGUCAGGACUUAGAUUUUUUUUAAUUCAUUUUCUUGAACACAUAUUCCCUUGAAGGACUUAGAUUUUUUUUAAUUCAUUUUCUUGAACACAUAUUCCCUUGAAGCUUAGAUAUCGGUAAGUCUUUUACCUAUAGUGCUCCCUCUCAAAGUAAUCGAACAUUUUUUUAGUACUUUAGCUAAUAGAAAAACCACUUUUUUGGUAAAAAGUCACUUUCAGGAAGUCUUCUGAGCCAGAAAAUUUACAACAUGGAGAGUGAACUGGGUAGGUCAGCCCAGAUGUCAGGUGUCUCAGCAGCCUUUCCUCCCUCCCCAGUGACGUCAGAGGGCUGUCGCUCGCUGAUCAAUUUUCGACACAACUGUGCUUUUCAAGCCCAGGUUCUCUUUGAAACUCAAGAGUAAAUGAUUGCCUCUUAAAUUCCUGGGAAAUUACCUGGAAUCAGAAACGGUGCCGUUUGAAGUUUCUGGCCAUCCCGGCUGCACCAUCAUUUUCUCGGAACGGGGGAGUCAGCACUCAGCCCACUCGAAUCCCAGCCUUGGAUUGAAAGCGCCGUGCGUGUGGCCGGCCCUGUGUGUGCAACGCUGGGCCCAGGCAUCGUCAUAGCAUUUUUCUGUGUCGAAAGAAGUCCGCCAAACAGAAGAAUAACCAAAUUCUAAUUGAUGACCCAGCGGGUCUUACACCAUCUUUUUAAAUGACUCGUUUUAAAAACCAAGUGUUCUAUAGGCACAGUUUGUCUCAAAUAGUGCAAAAAGGGAAAACUCAAUCCUUGGCUUUUUUGCAAAUAGUUUUAUAAAUUUGCAAAUAAGAGGGUAGGGAUAGAAAGCUCGGAAAGAUUCUGCUGUGGUUCAUCCGUCGAUCACAUUGGGCCGAAUCUCAGAGAGAGACCAUCAGACCUCCACUGUGUGAUGUUUUUUAGAACUGGGCUAGUCACGGAACAGCUUCACCAUUCAGCGCAGCAUCUAGUUUUUGGAAGAGUGGUCUCAAAGACACUGAAACAUGAGAUCUGCCAUGAAUACGACUUGAGUUCAAACCAUGAAACUGCUUUUUCUUUAAGAACUUUUAUUGAGAUACAAUGGACGUACAAUA